UCUUCCUCGUCUUCGCAGCUGCAAACGACAGAGUUUUUUUCUGGCGAAGAGAGAGAGUCGCCGUUCACCGAUCCUCUCUUUGAUCUUCUCCUUCCAGGUUUUUCAAAAGCGGUGAUAUGGGCGACUUUUCGAUUCAGAUCAGCUCAAAGCUGAUCAAACAGCUAGCUGAAAGCAACGAUCAACCAAAGAGGAAGGCGAAGAAAACCAGACCCAAAGUCUCACCACAGAGAGAGGCAGAACAAGCGAAAACACACCAGGAUGCAGAGAAACCGAAGCCAAUGGCAGAAUUACCAAUGCAGCCACCGUUUUUCUUUCCGAUACCACAACAAGCAGCAGCAAGCGCGGAGUUGGAAUCGAUAAAGUCUGUUACGAAAGAGAGUGAGAUGGUUCUUGAGAAGCUGGAGAAACUAGAGAAGAACAUUGUUCAUGAAGUGACAGAGAGAGCCAAGGAUCUGAGGGAGAAAGAGUUCAAGAUCCCUGAACCUAAACCAAUGCCUUGUUCAUCGGACUACGAAGCGUCGAUGAAAUGCUACAAAGAGAACAUCGAUAACCCGCUGAAAUGUAGCGGUUUAGUUAGGACUUUCGAGGAAUGCGCCCGCCGGUUCAGACAGCAAGUGAAACCUGAGGAAAAGUAGAAAUAAUAAGAUUGAAAAAGACUUUUUGGAGAUGAAGAAAGGGAAGAGUUUUUCUUUUUUUUGCUUUCUGAGAUCGUAUGAAUGAUUCAGAAGAAUGAGAUUGUUUCCCUAUUACUGACUUGAAAGCAAAAAGAAAAAAGAAAAAAAAAAAGGAAAAAAAAAAAAGGAAAAAUAAUUAGAAUCUGUGAUUAUGUUCAUGAGAUCAAACUUGCGAAACUGUGUUAUUGAUUUACUAUUUUGGCUUAUUUGGUUUCUA